GAUGUCCUCUCUGAAAAAAGGCAGCCUCCUGCUGCUUGGGACCGUUUCUUUGGCUAUUCUAAACUCAGCGUUCCAGCUUAACGAUGAGGAGCCGCACCCGAAGCGAUUCGAAAUCCGGCUGGAGAAUGACACGGCCGCGACCGGAGCUGAUGACAAGGACCAAAACAACCCUCUUCAAAAGCGAGAACUUUUCCUGUUUACUAUCGCUGUAGGCACACUCGUCUUGGCCAACCUUUGUAACAUGGAGUCCUCCAUCGGCGAACUGAAGGGCGUGAUGGAAAUGCUCGGUCCCAUGCUACCCGCACAGCUCAUGAACCGCAAUCCUCACGGAGGAGUUCAGGAACCGGACGGUGGGAUCACUUGGAAGGGAAAGAUCAUCGAGUUUGACAUCGAGGAUGUUCACGUCUUCGUCAUCAGCCCUAAUAUCGAACAGAAAAUCCACAUCAGGACCAAGAGAGUUUCACUCAACGGGCAGGUCAUCGUGAUGCACACGAGUCGUUUGACCAAGGACUUGAGUUACCAAAAGCGCGGCGAUGGACAUGACGCUUCUCUUUGGUACACGAACCUUUCGGUGGGCAGACCGAUGACGCCAGAGGAGGAGGAAGAGUUUAAACAACUCCAUGCGCAAGUCGAAAUGGAAAGGGAGAGGGCCGUCAGAGACAUCAAGACGUUGGUGGAGAAUAAAAUGAAUGAAAUUAAGAAGAGGGUGGAGGAGAAACUUAUUCGCGCUGAAGAGGUGGUUAUGAGCAGGUUACCGUCUGCAGUUAGGAAGGAUAUAGAAGGGCGCAUGGCUCAAUGGAAGGGUCGAAUCUCGGACAUGAAGAAUCGGUUGAAUAACGGAUAUCAGGUGCAGAAGAAACAGGUUACUGAUUACGCGACCCGCACAGUCAAAGACAUCACAGGAGGAGACUUUAGUAGAAUCGCCGUUCCCAGCCGCAAAACUGUGACUAAUUUUGGGACCUCUCUGAUGAAAUUUGGCAGGAAAAAGGAGCAAAAAACGGAACAAGAGCCGCUCCAAAGGGAUAACAGCAACAGUUCCGCCAAUUCCAAGGGAUUAGUACGGUCAGUGAGUGGAUUCUUCGAGCUGAUCGGUAAGUCAAUCGGUACGGAUACGGUAAACCAAGACAACUCCAAUAAGCUCAGCGAUUGGAUGAGCAAACGCUUAUUCCCAUCAAAAGAAAAUCGUGCUGGAAGUCCAUCCAGAAGUCCAUCCAGAAGUCCAUCCAGAAUUCCAUCCAGAGGUCCAUCCAGAAGUCCAGCCAGGAGUCCUUAAAACUGAGUUGAAUGGAUAAAAAAUCCUAACUGAUGAUUAUCAAAUAUGAUAAUAAUUUUUUCUAAUCUGAAAGAAAAAACUAUUAAAGAUACAAAUUUUUUAACUAUCGCAACUGACCCAUUCUUAAGAUGAGAUUUUUUUCUUUGAAUUAAUUUUCUGGAGCUAAGCUCCAAUAGUUUUUACCAUGUUUUUUGGACUUGUGCUACUAAACAUAAUAA